CAUAACAAGAGUUCAGGCGCUCUGGAGGCAUUUAGUCAAAACCUUCUUCUUCUUCUUCUUCUUCUUCUUCUGUGUUUUACUGUUUGAUUUCAUCUGUCUAUCAAACCUCUCAGUAGUAAAGUAAAAGUACUUCAUCUCAGAGUUCUUGUCAGAUAAACUCGUCGUAUUUUCGCUCUGUAGUACUUUGACAGUCUGUUGUAAAUAAAAUGCCUUUUAUCGAGCACGUAUGGGACCUGGAGCUGGAGCGUCUGGCUCUGGAGCGGGUCGUCCCGGCUCUGCUGGUCCAUGGAUUCUGCUACUUGGACGGGCUCCUCGGGGAACCGGCCGGAGACUUGGUCCUGGAGCAGGUGAUGGAGAUGCACCGGUCCGGAGCGCUGCAGGACGGCCGACUGGCGGGCUCCGUGCCGGGGGGCGUUCACCGGUCGAGGAGCAUCCGCGGGGACCAGAUCGCGUGGGUGAGCGGGUCCGAGGACCGAGGCUGCGAGGCGAUCAGCUUCCUGCUCAACGUCAUCGAUCACAUCAUCGGCGUGUGCGCGAGCCGGCUCGGGAGCAAGAAGAUCCGCGAGAGGUCGAAGGCUAUGGUGGCGUGUUACCCAGGUAACGGGGCGGGUUACGUCAAACACGUGGACAACCCGAACUGCGACGGACGCCGCAUCACCUGCAUCUACUACCUCAACAAGAACUGGAGCGCUGAGGAGCAUGGCGGCGUCCUCAGGAUCUUUCCGGAGGGGAAAUCCUACGUGGCCGACAUCAAUCCGCUGUUUGACCGGCUGCUCUUCUUCUGGUCUGACCGCAGGAACCCACAUGAGGUUCAGCCCGCCUACGCCACCAGGUUCGCCAUCACAGUCUGGUACUUUGAUUCAGAGGAGAGAGCCGAGGCCAAGACACGCUUCAGAGACUUGACAGCUUCAGGCUUGCAGCCGGGCAGCAGCUCCAGAUGACUUUCCUUUGAGGAGACGUUGUCACCUGGUGGAGACGAUGGAAAAGAAAGUCAGAACUUUGACUCUGGUCUGGAGGAGUUGUGAGAGAUUCGAGCUCCUCAUCGCUCCCGUCAGCGUCCAGGGUGGAAGGAACAACAUGCCCGCACGGCGGCUUCUGUCACCUGAUGAAUCCAGAGGGUCAGGUGACCUGUAGCUGCUCUGGACUCCUCCUGCUUUACAUGAUGUGUGUGAAUACUCUGCAGAGAAAGAGCACAGCAGCGGACUGCGCCUUUAAGCUUUGCCUUCAAGCUAAAGGAGGAGGAGACUUGACAAACAGACUUUGAGGUUUACAGAUAAAACAAGACAUUAGGGACGUGAUGCUAACAAACCUGUGUGAUAGAAAUAUGUCACACGAUAACAUGUUAUUUAUAGAUCUUUUCAAUACGACACAUUUAGUCGAUGUUUACGAAUAAAUUACAUCUAAAUGUCGACUGAAACGUCAAAUUAUUUGGUAUUAUCACUUUGUGCAUCAUUAUGACUUUGUGCAAAUUUGACGGGCGACGUUACGUAGCCCGAUUAGCGUUCAAUUACAGAUUCCAUUGUCUUUCACUACAUGUGUGACAGAAGUGUUUUUGUCUCACUCUUCUCUGAAUGAACUGGAAACUGUCUCAUGAUAGUUAGACUAAUAAAGCUUCUAUUUUAAGAAUGGAACGUACAAUAA